GCUGUAUCUGCAAUCCCAGGCCCAACCUGCCAAAGGGCAAAAACUGUCUAAACUUGGUCUCCGUCACUCUGCCUCUCCAGCCUUUUCCUCUCCUGUAGCAUUAAAGACCAACAUUAGAAAAUAUUUGGACUUUUUGAUAAAAGAAACAAAGUUCUAAUUUACAAAGAAGAGUCUUGGCUUAAGAGUUUUUCCCACUGGAAGACGUGGUAGGAUUAAAUCGUUCAGAGGAAAUCCCAGUGUUGUGUCUUCAUGGAAACAUAAUCUGCUGAAGGAUUUCCUUUUCACAAGGAUUUUAAUCCUGCAAGUAUGACAGAAGCAGCUGAAGCUCGAUCGUCAGUGACAACCACCAUGGUCAUUGACGGGAAGGCCGGAGACUCCGGCUCAACGACUCUCCGGUCGUCGAAGAAAGCGUUCACAGACGACCUGUACUCUACGUUCAGCUCCCCUCUGGCCUGGAUCCUGGUUCUGGCCCUAAUCAUCACCUGGACAUGCGUGUUCAUUAUCAUGUUUGAUGUGGCCGACUAUAAGACCAUUGCAGAUCGGCCUCCUGCUGGGAUCAGGAAGGUUUUAAAGAGUUCAGGGCGCAGAGGAGGCCUCAGUAAGUUCGGUUCAGAUCCUGUCAAGGUGGUGAACGAUGCUGUGGACGAAUCAACAAACAUUAUUAGCGCCAUGUUCAGUUUCGCUGCGAACCUCAUUGCUCCAGACGAAGAAGAAGGAAUGCUGUAUGCAGUGAGGAAAAAAGGAGAAUUUUUACCGGCAAGAAGUAAAGUUAUAGGAAUGCAAGUUCAGACAAAAUUAGAAAAGGCAGAAGAAGCAGCAAAGGAAGAGGAAGAAGAGGCCUCUGAGGGGGAGGAAGAGGAGGAAGAAGAGGAUGAAGAGGCCUCUGAGGACCAGGAGUAUGAAGAUGAAAUAGAGGAGGAAGAGGAGGAGUAUGAUGAAGGGGAAUAUGAAGAGGAUUAUGAUGAGGAGGAGUAUGAAUAUGAGGAGGAUGAAGAGUUAGCUGAAGAUGAGGAAGCAGAAGAAGAGGAAGAGGAGGAAGAAGCAGAUGAGGAAGAGGAAGAAGUAAGCACUGAAGAAGUUGAAGAAGAAGAGGAGGAGGAAGAAGAGUUAGCAGAAGAUGAGGAAGCAGAAGAAGAAGGUGAGAAAGAGGAAGAAGAAGCACUAGAAUCUGAAGAAGUUGAGGAAGAGGAGCUGGAAGGAGACGUCCAAGAGAAGGAGGAGGAAAAGGAGGAGGAAGGAGAGGAAGAGGAGGAUGAAGGAGCUGAACUGGAGGAAGUUGGAGAACCUGAAGAGAAUGAAGAUGAUGAAGCUCCUCCAUCUGCUGCAGUAGAGGCUGAGAAUGAUGAAGAGGAGGCAGGAGAAGAAGAUGAAAAAGAAGUGAAGGCAGAAGCUGCAGCUGCUGAUGAAGAGGAGGAUGAAGAAGAAGCUGCAGCUGCUGAUGAAGAGGAGGAUGAAGAAGAAGCUGCAGCUGCUGAUGAAGAGGAGGCUGCAGUUGCUGAUGAAGAGGAGGCUGAAGAAGAAGCUGCAGCUGCUGAUGAAGAGGAGGAUGAAGAGGAAGCUGCUGAUGAAGAAGCUGCAGCUGUUGAUGAAGAGGAGGAUGAAGAAGCUGCUGAUGAAGAAGCUGCAGCUGUUGAUGAAGAGGAGGAUGAAGAAGAAGCUGCUGAUGAAGAAGCUGCAGCUGUUGAUGAAGAGGAGGAUGAAGAGGAAGCUGCUGAUGAAGAAGCUGUAGCUGUUGAUGAAGAGGAGGCUGCAGCUGCUGAUGAAGAGGAGGAUGAAGAAGAAGCUGCUGAUGAAGAAGCUGCAGCUGCUGAUGAAGAGGAGGAUGAAGAAGAAGCUGCAGCUGUUGAUGAAGAGGAGGAUGAAGAAGAAGCUGCUGAUGAAGAAGCUGCAGCUGUUGAUGAAGAGGAGGAUGAAGAAGAAGCUGCAGCUGAUGAUGAAGAGGAGGAUGAAGAGGAAGCUGCUGAUGAAGAAGCUGCAGCUGUUGAUGAAGAGGAGGAUGAAGAAGAAGCUGCUGAUGAAGAAGCUGCAGCUGUUGAUGAAGAGGAGGAUGAAGAAAAAGCUGCAGCUGCUGAUGAAGAGGAGGAUGAAGAAGAAGCUGCAGCUGCUGAUGAAGAGGAGGAUGAAGAAGAAGCUGUAGCUGCUGAUGAAGAGGAGGAGGCCUCUGAUGAAGCUGCUGAUGAAGAGGAGGAGGCCUCUGAUGAAGCUGCUGAUGAAGAGGAGGAGGCGUCUCCUGAUUCCGACGUUCCCGUUGUCGUCAUAGACAGCGAUGAAGACACGCCGCUGCUUGAUGAUGAUGAUGUUAAAGAUGAAGAACAUGAGGAUGACAGCAGUGACGAUGCGUUUGUGGAUUCCUCAGAAAUCAGUGACUCGGCACUUCUGUCCAGUGAGGAAGAUGAUGAAGAUGACCUACUAGCAGCGACGUCAGACAGUGAUGAUGUCAUCGCAGAGGACACUGAGGAAGACUUGGAUUUAGAUCUUCCUCACAUAGCACUUUCUAGUGACGAAGAUCUUAAAGAUGAGGAAGAUCUUCCUCCUCUACCACCUGUCGAUGAUGAUGAUGAUGAUGACAUAAAGGCUUCUGAGGAAGAUGAAGAUGAUCUGGACCAAUCAGACGACGUCUCUGUGGCUUCCUCUGAACUGUUCGCAGAUGAUGAAGAUGAAGGUAAAGAUGAAGACCUUGAUAAGGACGACCUCAUUGACCUUGAGGUUGAUGAAGAUGAAGAUCUUGUCAAACCUUUACAGGAGGAAGAAAUAGAAGUAGCAGAGGAAGAGGAAGAGGAAGAGGAAGAAGAAGAGGUGGACGUUCUUCCUUUAGUCAGCUCAGACAGUGGAGUGUUGGGUGACGAAGAUGACAACGACGACGAUGAUGAAGAUCUUGAUGAAGAUCUUGAUGAGGACUCUCUGAGCGAUGAUGAAGAUGAAACGGAGGAAGACGAUGUUGAGACGAGCUUCGAUGAUGAAGAGGAGAAAGAAGUGAUAGAAACAUUGGUUGGCACCGAGGAAGACAUUGAUGAAGCCGAGGAUGACGAAGGUGAGGAUGAAGAUGAGGAAGAUGAAGACGAGGAAGACGAAGACGAGGAAGACGAUGAUGGGCUCGAUGACGUCCUGUUGUCAGCCGCCAUUGCAGCAGCGACCACUGGCCAGGAGGAGGCAGCAAAGACUGCUGUAGAUGAUGAUGAGGCUGGAGAUGAUGAAGACAAGGUGGAGGAAGAUGAAACAGAAGAAGCUGAGACCAGCCAGCCUGCUGCUCCUGAGGAGGAAGAUGAAGAAGAAUCUGUUUCUAAGCCUCAGAAAUCCAUCGACAAAUCCGAAGAUAAGGAAGAGGAGUACGAUGAGGACGGCGAUGAAGAAAAGGCCUCAGUGGACGUGAUCAAACCUGUGGCUGAGCCAGAGGAGGAACCAGCAGAGUGUCCCUGCCUACAUUCUGCAAAAACAAAAGAGAGAGUUACCAAGACUGCAGACAAAAGAGAUGCUCCCAGAAGGGUGUCGGCUGUGCGAAGGAAAAAAGAACAGGAAGCUGUGAAGAAGACAGAUGAAAAGCCAAGACGACAAGCUCUUCCUAGAUUUCCAGCUCUGGAGCCAAAAGCCCGGAGAAUCCGAAGAUUAGCUCCUCUUUUGAAAGCUAAGAUAAAACAAAAGAGCAAGAUGUCAAAAAAAGUGAUGGAGACCAAGCAACAAGAAGAGACCACAGAGUCUGCACAGGAAGUCAGUCCCUGCAGACCUGCUCCAGUUUAUUGCCCGGCCCCCCCAGGAUGGUACGUUCAUCACAUCGUCACAGACAAUCCGUACCCUCCUCCAACCAUGUCAGCUCCCUCUGCUCCGAUUGUGACCGUUCACCCUCCAGCUCCUCCAUCACAGCCUCUGUAUCAGCAGGCUCCUCCUCCACUAAUGCAGCCGCUCUAUGCUCUCCAUCAGCCAUAUCAGCCACCAGUGCAACCUGUAAUGCCACCUCCUGCAGAACCUUCUCCACCAGUACAACCAGAACAGCCAGAGGCUCCACAACCUGAGCCACCGGUGGAGCCUGAGGCACCGACUCCAGCUGCUGAAGCUCCGCUGGCAGAAGCUGAAGACCAGGAACCAGAGAAAGUUGUGAGAAAAGCUCCCUCAGUGAAGAAAGCUGCAAAGAAAAAAACUAAGGUUGCUGAUUCAGUAAAAGAUAAAGCUCCAAAAAAAGAGAAAACCAAACUUUCUGCUGAGGCUAAAAAAGAGAAGUUUCCAAAGGAGAAAUCCAAACUUCCAGCUGAAGCUAAAAAAGAGAGGCCCACAAAGGUGAAAUCAAAACUUCCAACUGAAGCUAAAAAAGAGAGGCCUGCAAGAGAGAAAACCAAAUCAAGCAAAGAGCCUGCAGCUGUACAACAGAAGAGGAAAUCAGUGUCUAAGAGGACAGCGCUGGCUGUCAAGAGCAAAGUCAAAGCAUCCAAAGAUAAGAAAGAACCAGAAUCACGUCCACAGCCUCUGAGACUGAGGACGAGGCUGGAAGCUGACAGGAGGACAAACGUGACCGCUAGAGCUGAGCCAAAGAAACCAAUCAGAGUUUCCUUUAAAUCAGAAAAAGCUGCAAAGGCUGAAAAGAAAGCAGCCAAAGAAGCUGAAGAUAAAGUCAAACAGCCACCGAAAACUCAGGAGCCUGAGACUGAAGACAAUGUUACAGAGAAGAUAGAAAAGAAGAAACAGAGUCAGAAAUUCUUCCAGUGCAUCUAUUUCCCAGGAAAACACGCUUACUAUCCUUUACGACCUUUCACCCCGGCCAUGUCUCCCGCCAUGUUGUCCCCUGCUGUGCGGUCCAUGCUGGAGAAGCAGAGAGCAGCCAGAGCAGCGGGCCACUGACCUGACUGACGGACAGAUCUCCAACUCUGUGACUUCCUCUGUCUGCGAUUCAGACACAGGCAAGAAAACAGAUAGAUUUUAUUUCAAGUUACUGAUUUAUUCAGUGGUUGAGCUGCUGGGGACGCUUCUGAAAUGCUCCCACUCUUUUGCACCCACAGUUAUACUUUUACUGCAAUCCAUUGUGACUAAGUUUAAGACUUUCUUUGCAGAUACAAAAUAAAUUUCCAAUCAGUCCUUUUGUUUUUUUUUAUAUAAUUUUAACCACAAGGAAUUUCAAAGCUGACAGUUUUUACCUUUUUGUGCUCCAUUACUAAAUGUCACAGCAGUGACCUGCACUGCCCCUGUUCAUCACAGAUCACCUGUGGGUGCAAGAGAUUAGCAUGCUAACAGUGAAGACUCCAAACCCAGAGGCUCCCACUUUCAUCCCAGCAGCAUGCCCGUCUCCAAACAUCCGGCAGUAAAAUGCAGCUGCAUGGUAAUAAAAACUGAGAGGCUCUCUAUCAGAGAACAGGAAGUUGUCCUGGUUUAACCUUUAAAUAUUUAAAUCACAGGCAUUUCUCCUUUUAUAUAGUUUAAAUCCCAGAAAACAAGCCAAUUCCUUCCUUUUUUAUGCUAUCAAGUAAGACCCAACUGCGACGCAAAAGUUUGGUUUUACAAACAAAGGCACAUAUAAAAACAAAAAUUAAAGAGUAUAUUAAAGACAAAAACUAAACUAGAAAAACAAAAGUGUUGUACAUUACUGUACAAAACAAAUUAUAGCAAAAAUGAAAAGUAGUGCAAUUUAAAUAUGUGGAAUUAGAACUGGGUAAUGAGGAGAUUUCUGCUUAACAGUGCGUGUCAAAAUAAACUUUAAUAUCAAGAAAAUGGGUAGUUAUUUAUAUAUGUUAUCAGUAAAAUUGGAGAUGAAGAAUUAAAUGUACAUAACUAUGUUCAUCAUGAAUACUUUAGUUAAAAUAUAACCUUGAAAUAGUUAUAUUUCUAUUAUGCAUCAAAAAUACACUUAAUUAUUUUGUAAAAUCCAUAUUUUAUUACCUCAAUGUUUUUAUUAAAUUGUGGCACCUUCAGGCCUCCGUAGCUUAGAGUGGAGAAGCUGCAGGAGUUUUAACGUGAGGCGUUUGGGGACGGGGAAACUGCAGGACAACUUAGACGUGACCAACUGAAGCGACACAGUGAAUGAAUGUAGUUUUCUUAGCCUGUGAACCGGGCCUGAUACGCUGUCGUUGUUUUACCUCGAUUCUUCUCGGUUCUGGUGACGCGACUCAGCAACAAGUUCACCGUUAUGGUUUUAUGACUUACUGAGCGCCGCCAGACAUUUCCUUCUGUUGUCUUAUUGAAUAGAAAACUAUGCUACUGUAAAGGAACCAAAAGGGAGUCUCUCCUCCCACGAUGUUUCACUCCUCAUGGUUCUGUGCACAUGAUUAUCAUCAACAAAUGUUGAAGUUAAAUAGUUUAUUUAUGUGACAGAAUAGUCCAGGGUACUGCUGCAAAGGGACUAAAUAAAGCAGUUUGACAUGUGAGACUGAAGUGCGGCGAAGCUGUGCCAAAUUAUGCGCUAGCUGAUCUUUUUGAAAUGUCAACAAUAUGAACAAAGUGGAGAAAACUAUUAAAAUACAGAGUUUAGUUUUGUAAACCUGCAGAGAAUUUAUGUCAUCUAAAACAGUGGAUCUCCGACAAUUUAGAGUUUUCUGAGAAACUCCAAACUAUUCACAGAAAAUUCACAGAUUCAAGAAUUUAUUUCUUUCUGCAUUUCUAACAUAUUUGAAAGAAAAUGCAGGUUGGGAAGCUGAAAUAUUUUGGCACAAUUCUACUGGUCGUUCACAAAGCAGCCGAUCCAGAGACGUGCCGUUUAAUUUUCUUGGCAUGACUGGCUGACCGGAGAUAAAGGAAACUGGAUAAAUGCUAAGACAUUUUCCUCUGUGCAUAUUAAUAAGUAUUAAAGUGUGUUUGGUGUUUGAACAAUGAAAAAUAUGCAGUUAUAGGAGUAAUAAGAGGGGGCUCAAGUGAUUUUGCUGCUUGUUUGUGACUUUGGUCCCUAACCCAUAAAUACCAGAGAUCCACUGCAGAAUUACCAAAACCUCUACAGUGAGAUUCUUGGACAAUGUGGACAUUUUUGACAAGUUUUCCAAAGCAGCAGUUCUUUCUUAUUUUUGAGAUUGACAGUUAGCAGUUUGCUUAAACUUCCUCAGAAAGUCAGACAGUUGGAGUGGGAAGUAUUAUUUUAUGUAUGCUGAACAUCUUGUUUUGGUUCGCCUUGAUGCAUUUAACCCUCAGGUUUGUCGAAAACUUUUGAGUCCAAAUCUAAAAUGGGUUCAAGGAAACUCUGGUCUCAGUUCUUUACAGGACUUGCCCGACUACAGUGAAUGCGUUUGCCGCUGUGGCCUUAAAUCACACCUGGAAGCCAGGUGUCAACCUUCUUGCUUGUUGUAAAUGUUGUGUUUGCAGCUUAUAUUUGUGUUAUUUACAUUAACACACAGUAUUUAUAUUGUACAGCUGCAGAUAUGUUGUAUUUUUAUUUAAUUAUUACCGUAGAUUUACUGUCAGCGAUGGAAGGACAGACAUCAGUGCAAUCUGAUGUAAACUUAGUUGAAGCUUGAAAAUAUUACAGGUUUUAAAUUCAUAUUUGAUUUUGUUAAGGUGAGUUGACUUUUUAUGCAUGUUGAUACAUUUUAUCACAAUACUUUGCCUUCACGUUUUUGUUUUAUUCUUUUUAUUUCGUUGUUAGUUCUUCAUCUGCAGAGGAAUGAGCAUUUAUUGAUCUUAAACCUCAGACAAAAAAUGUUUGUUGGCAUUUUUCCAACUGCGAGCCGAAAAAAAGCAGUAAGAAAUGAUGUAAGAAAUGGUGUUUAGCUGUAAAAUGUCGUAAAUAUGUAUUCCAUUUUAAUUUUGAGCAUUAAUGUUUUAUUGCUACCAUUAACUUUGGUGCUUUUUCUCAUCACUUGACCAAGUAAGCAGGUUAAAAUUAAAGGUGAGCAGCUUCACAUUUCACUGGUUUGUUUUAGAAAAUCACAUCCAGGCUUCAGAAAAUAACAGAUAUAAAGUGAAAUGGAGCCACAUUCAAACAGUGGAAGACAUUAUAGAAGUGUAUUUUCCUUUAAAGUAACAUUUUUCUCAAAAACAGAUAAGAAGUUACAUGUGUUUCAUAAAAAUGAUGUUUAGGUUUGAGACCAUCUUGGAGCUUUAAUGUUUUCAGUAUAUUUGCAGUUUUUGUUCAUUUCUGUUGUUGCUGUCUGACUGGCUGCAUUAAUUUAUACUUGUAUAUAUUUUUCUCAAAAUAAGGUGUGUUUUUUAAAUUCAGGCACCAGAGACAAAUAAUUUGGUAACAAUGACACUUGAUUCAUAUUUAAGUUUUUAUUUAAAGUCUCUUUUGAAACUUUAACACUUUAGAUUUAAACUCUGCUCUUUUUUUCCCUUCAUUUUUAUUUUACAACAACAAAGCCUACUUAGAAAGUUUGAAAAUAACUUUGCCUUAAAGCCAGUAAUGAUAAAUUUUAUAUUUUCAGCAAUAAACUAGUGAGAUUAUUUUCAUGAGUGGUUAUUUUACUCAAAUUGUGUUUCAAAUAAACAGAAUUAAAGUUCUUUGAUUUUGUUUUCUCAGAAGGAUUUGAUGUUUGUUAUUUUUUAUGUUUUAUGCAUGAAAGUAUCUUUUGAAAAAUAUACAUUGGUGCAAAUAUUCACUGAUCUGACUUUUGUGUGUAAAAACAAAAGCAACAAAACCUUCAGAAGCAACAGACGGACAUUUACAGAUCAAAGUGUCGGCUGUGAGUAAAAUGUUGAAACAUUCACUACAAAAUGAGUUUUUGUGUUAUAAUGUGAAUAAAUAUUUAAAGUUA